CUUCAGCGCACGAUCGCAUCACGCGUCUGCCGCCGGCGCGCUUGCUCUGAUCGACUCCUCCGGUCCGUACUCAACGUCAAACCACUCAUUUUUUAUUCUUGCAAGACCAUGUCGCGCGCCGAACAUACAUUCCUCUUUACAUCGUCUAAUGCCAAACGCCCGACAACAGCGCGCAAGGUGCACAUCCGCCGGUUGAUCGAUAUCUUGCAGCUUUCUCUCCAGCGGCAGGACUACGAUCGCGCCCGGCGGGCAUGGACCAUCCUCAUACGAUGCAAGGAAAUAAACUGGAAGGACAUGUGGAAGACAGCGAUUGCCCUCCUAGCCGACGCCGGGGACGACGAUCUCGAGGAGAACGACCAGCGCAUCGCGUUCCUGAGUGUAGUGAUCAGGCAGCAUCCCGACGAAAGAGAAAUGAUAUUGAAAGAGCUUGUCCUCCGACUCAUACAGACGGGAAAAUACAGGCGAGCCUUGGAUGAGCUGGACUUGUAUCUGCCGCUAUUCCCCUUUCACGACAACCCUGUGAUGCAUACGUACGCCGGCCUACUUGCUUUGUACCUCUCUCAACCCGCGCAAGCCUCAGAAGGCGGCACACAACAGGGACAGCAAUGGAAUGCAGGCCUCAUCAGCGCUGCUCGGGCACACUUUGAACGCGCAAGAUGGAUCGACCCCGGCAACACCAUCGCGAACGCUUUCCUGGAGCAGCUGCCCAACAUCACACGGAUAACAGACCCCCGACAGGGUCCCGAGUCUGACGACGAGGGCGAAGACAGAAGCAUGGAAGUUGACGAUAUGAGCCAGCGGCGGAAGCGCGUCAAGACUUGAGCAUUGGAAUGGCUACGACACGACACAAGAUAUACAUGUGCACUACAGGACAGCGGCACGAUUGGGGGAACGCG